ACUGAAAUUUUAAAAUUAAUAUGGAGUCACUUAAAUUUUUUCCCCCCAUGUGACCCUUAACCAAGUCCAAUUAACACUAAAUCAAAUCCAAUCAACAGAAGAGAAAAUCCAUUAACAGAAAACAAGUAUUUUUUUUAGUAGGAAGAAUCACUGGAAUAAAUGGAAUUGUUGAUGAAUAAUUAGUUUGGAGCAGGAGGAAAAUAUCAGGAUAAUGUCCAAGUACGUAGACUUGGCGAAGGUACCUACGAGCUAUGCAAAACGAAUGAAUCGUCUGAGUAAUCGUAUCUUCGGUGAGGUAUUGAGACCAACUGAUAAUAAAUCAAUGAAAGUCGUCACCCUGUUCAGUGAAAAACCCAUAAAUAAACGGCCUGAAAUCGUUGAGUAUUAUCCUAGACAUCCGGAAAUCGGAUGGCUGAUGAAGAGCCUGAGGGAAUACGGUCUUUUCCGGGACGAACACCAGGAUUUCAAGGAGGAGAUUGAACGACAAAGAGUACUGAGGGGGAAGAAACCUAAGAGGAGAUAUCAAGGACCUCCGAAGGGAGAGAAAAAAAAAGAGGACUAGAUUGUGUGCUUGUUUUCUCUUACUGGGAUAAUUCAUUGGAUAUGCAAUAAAUAGUAUUACGAACUUUA